CUAUCAUCGGAUCACCGCUUACUCUUGGACGAGCAUUCAAACAGCAAGCAUGCAAACGUCAGAGACAGAUAUGAAAUCGUCCCGGUUAAUAGACUACAACUACGAGGAAUACGUGAAUUUGAGUAUCCAGUGGAGUCGUUGGCUAUUGAAACCCAUGGGCCUCUGGCCGUAUUCAAGUCCAAUUUCAAGAUUCAAACGAUACAUACACCGGCUCAUAAACAUCGUCUGUUACAGUCUGAUCAGUUUCCUCUUUAUACCGAGCAGUUUGUUCGUCGUAUUCGAAAUGGAGGAUACCUACGGUAAACUGAAACAAUCCGGGCCGUUGAUUUUCUGCGCGACGGGUUUCGUGAAAUAUUACUCCCUGAUCAACCACAAGGCUGACAUCAGCGAAUGCGUGGAACGAAUCAAAUGGGACUGGAAGAACACGACGAACGACAGUGAUCGCGAGAUCAUGAUAACGAACGCGAAUUUCGGACGAAAAUUGGUGAUCGUCUCCAUGUUCUUCAUGUACAGCGGCUUCGUCUUUUACAGCAUUGUCAUACCAUUUAGCAUGGGCCGAGUAACAGCGGAGGAUGCGAAUAUCACUUUCAUCCCACUGAUAUUUCCUUUCACGAGCUACUUCGCUGACGCGCGUUACAGUCCUCUGAACGAGAUCGUUUUCUCUGUUCAAGUGUUGGGUGUCUAUCUGAUACACAGUCUAGCGCCGGCGGCUUGCAGUUUAGCAGCUGUCCUCGCGGUUCACACUUGCGGCCAAAUGCAGGUGCUGAUGAACUGUUUGAAGCAUCUGAUUGACGGCCGAUCGGACAUGAGCGAACGUUUGGACGGCAGAGUCGCUGACAUCGUGCGCCAACAUGUUCGUGUCCUGAAGUAUGUACCUGUUUGUCGUUUCACCACGGCGUUUUCGUUUACUCGCUGUUAUUUCGUACCAGAGGAAUUUAAUUCCUUUCGCGCUUCCCUGCCGACGACGAUGACGACGUGCAUCACGAUUAUGGGUGAUUUCAGAUUUCUGACGCUGACAAAGAAAACACUGCAACAAAUUUCAUUCGCCGAGUUUCUGGGAUGCACGCUAGAUAUAUGUCUCCUUGGAUAUUACAUAAUCAUGGAAUUGAAGUCGAAUGACGUGACGAACGCCGUGACCUAUAUGAUUUUCCUUGUGUCGUUCACGUUCAAUAUUUUCAUAUUUUGUUACAUAGGCGAAAUAGUGGCUGAAGAGUGUAGGAGAGUGGGUGAAAUUUCAUACAUGAUCGAGUGGUACCAACUGCAAGGAAACAAGAAGCUGUGCUGCGUCUUAAUCAUCGCAAUGUCGAACAGUUCGACGAAAUUAACAGCUGGAAAUAUCGUGGAACUGUCUAUAAGCACUUUUUCUAGCGUAAGUGACAGAUCAUUAUCAGUAUAUACUUACAUCUUUGUGUACGAAGAGAUGUAGAUGCAUUUUCUACAAACAGGUGAUGAGAACAUCGGCUGCUUUUUUUAACGUACUGCGUAAGUUGACUUGAACGUUCUUUGAAUUGCAAUUUGGUGUUG